AUGACGACUUUCCCGGGAGAGCUCAUCACCGAGAUACUUUCCCUACUUCCCAUCAAGCCACUGCUUCGUUUCCAGUGUGUUUCGAAGCCAUGGUUCUCCCAAAUCAACAACUCAGAUUUCAUCAAGUUGCAUCUCAAUCACUCUAGAGAACGCACCCUCAUUGUACAGACCUACUGGCCAAGUAAUUACUACAUGGUAAACUUUUCUAAUGAGGGUCAGUUUAGCGAGGCCGCGAAGAUCGAACAGCUGCAGUACCAAUCGGCAAGCACAGAGAUUGUAGGAUGUUGCAACGGCUUGGUUUGCAUCAGAAACUUGAAUUGUGAAAUUGUAAUAUGCAACCCAUUAAUUGGAAAGUACAAGAAAUUACCCUCUUCUAAGCCUCCUAGAGAAGCUAGUUCUGAUUACUAUGAUUACUUAGCAUUUGGAUACGAUCGGGUCAACGACGACUACAAGGUUUUUAAGUUUGAGAUCCCAAAAACCUUGGUUGUGAACAUAUCCUUAAGGAGGGAAAAAUGUAGUCCUGAGGUAUACAGUUUGCGAGAACACUCUUGGAGAAUGGUUGAAGAUGAAUGGCCUUUUGAAAAAUCGUCUAUUUUCUCAAAUUGUCUGGGCUGGCCUUUCUUAAACGGUAAUUUCCAUUGGUUGGUGCCUUUCUUAAACGGUAAUUUUCAUUGGCUGGUUACUCAGUCAAACUCCAAACAGGUCAUUGUUGCAUUCAAUCUUAGCACUGAAAAAUUCCAAGUACUAGAUGAGAUUCCCGUUAAUUUUGGUUUAUUUUUAAAUGAGUGUGUCACCUUUGUGGUGUUGAGAGGAUGGCUUUGUCUUACCAUAGAUAGGGAUGUUUGGGUGAUGAAAGAGUAUGGGGUGGCCAACAGUUGGACUCUGCUUUAUACGAUGCAGCUGGACCCGGCUCCUUCCACCUACCUACCUUUAGUGUUCUCACAUGACGGAGAAGAGGUUUUGACAGGAGAGAAGGAAAUUACAGAGCGGGACUUUCAUCAACUCUUUUGGUAUGACAUAAAAAAUAAAACAUGUAAGAUUGUUGAGAUUCAAAAUAUGCCCAAUAGUUUCUCUAAGCCAUGCACUUGUAUGGGAAGCCUCCUUCUCCUCGAUGUUGACCGUGACAAUUAA